AUGGCCGCCGCCCUGCAGCCGCAUCCCGCGGCAAGGCCCCAUUCCAUCCACGAAUACGCCGGCCUCGCCAAGCCCCCGCACCUCACCCGCCUCGAGUCGGCGACGCACAAAACAGGCCAGGUCGAGUCCCUCUCGAUCGAAGUCGACGACAGCCAGGGCGGCUUCGUGCCGGGCUUUCUGCAUCUGCCGCCGGACUUCGUCAACACCACCACCACCACCAGUACCAAUACCAAUACCAAUAACCCCGCCUCCGCCCUCCCGCCGCACCACCACCGCACCGCCGCGAUCCUCCUCUCGGGCGCCGGCGGCGGCGUGGCCGGCCCGUCGUCCAUCUACCUGUCCCUGGCGUGCAAGCUGGCCACGCUGGGGCGGGGGAUCCCCGCGCUGCGGCUCGACUACCGCUUCCCCGCGCGCACCGACGCCUGCUGCCACGACGUGCGCGCCGCCAUGGCCUACCUAGGCGACAUGUACGGCCUGGACCGGUUCGUGCUCGUGGGUUGGUCGUUCGGCGGGGCUGUGGUCUACACCGUGGGCGGUGGGGAAGAGGAAGGGAGGAGGAAGGUGGUUGGCGCCGCGACGAUCGCGAGCCAGACGGCGGAUGCGGUGGAGGGGAUCAGGCGGAUGAGGCCGCGGCCGGUGAUGCUGCUGCAUGGGAGUGGGGAUAAUACGCUGGGCGUCGGGUGCAGUCAGCGGUUGUAUCAUGAGUAUGGCGCGGGGGAUCGCACGCUGCAUGUUUUUGAGGGGGAUAAUCAUAGCUUGAGCGGGAAUGCGGAGGAGGCGGAGGAGAUGCUGUGUGAGUUUGUGGCGCGCUGUGCUGGGGUCAGGGUUGGGCCCCAGGAGAGGAGGGAUGUGGUCGGUGCGGAGCUGGUCGAGGACGGGGAGCGGCAUGAGUUGAUGGAGCGGGGCGGGGAUUUGCGCGCGCCUGAGAGGGAGGAUUAA